UCCGACUACACGCAGUCACACUAACGGCAGAUAUGCUUCCACCCCAGUUCUAAUGGAUCCCAAAGGCACCAUCGUCUUUUCCACCAUCAGCAGGCCAAACUAUGGCUUCGAUGUCUUCUUCGUCCAACUAAACCACAUCACUGCCGCCAUUGAGGACCGCCUCACUGAUGGCUACUCUGUCAACUUCAACGCCCAAUUCGUUGAUGAAGACCAAUCCGUUGUCUUUGUCUCUGAAAGAUCAAGAUCGCCUCGAAUCUAUCUCACUCGCCUGGCCUACCCAAUCUUGACUCUUCACUCAACUGAAAUCGAUGAUAAGGAUAAGAAAAUUACGCGGUUGACCCUUUACGGAGCAGUCGAUUAUAGCCCUACAGUUUCCAAGUCUAGGAAAUUUCUUGUCGUCGCAUCUUAUGGGUCUCGCUCGUGGGGCGGUGAAUUUCACGAGCUCAACAUGGAUAUAGUUGUUUUCCUAUAAUCUGACUUGAGGAUGAUGACGAUGAUUCGAGUGAUGGCGAGGAUGAUGAAUCAAAUGCUGAGAGCGAUUUGUCCAAUGAUUCGUUGGCUGAGGUUGAUUCGGAAGAUGAAAGCCUCAUCCUCGUUGGUGAGAGCGAAGAGUGCAAAUGAAAUUCAUUUCAAAAU